UCUUCUCGGUAAUCACACGUGUGAAUCGACCUCGUCGCGCUCACCGUUUUCUUUUAUUACUUUUUUGACACUGCUGAUCUGUUGUCACCGCGGUAGAGGAGCAGAAGAACAGAUCUCCAUUGCCAUUGAAUCUCCCCUCGCGGAGAUUCAUACGAGGAAGUUUAAUGAUGGAUAAAAGGAAGAAUUAUUGUACUUUUGAAGGGAAGAGUUGAGUUACCCCAUCUAAUUUGCCCAGGAAACUGUUAAAAUGCUUUUGGCUGUAGAAGGAGGAGGAUUCUUUUCUUCUUCGGCAUCAGGGUAUACUAACGGUCUUGCCCUUUUGCUUUUUGGACGAAGAAAUGAAGAACCCAUGAAAGUCUCACCUUGGAAUCGUUACCAGUUAGUGGAGCAGGAGUUUGAACCUGAACCUCGGUCAACAGCCAGGAAAACUCAAAAUUCUCGGGGCUGUGCUUCCUUCAAUUGCUUUGGGUGUGCUCAUGUGCAACUUGAUAGGCAUUCUCCUAGUUCAGUCAGUCUUGUUAACCAGUCUGAGACUCAUCCAGAAACAGCCUCUUCUGAUACGAGUAAGACUUCAACUACUGAUGCUCUUAAUAAGAGUGACAAGAAGCCUUGCCUGAAGAAUAAUUUGAAGAAACCUUCCAGAGAUUGUUCUGCAAGUUGUGAAGUAGUCAAUGCCAAUGAACUUUCAGAACAAGUGGAAAAUGAGACAUCUUGUUCCACACUAGGGAGAAAAGUUCAGUGGACAGAUAAAUGUGGCAAAGAGCUUGCCGAAAUCAGAGAAUUUGAACUCAGUGAUUAUGGUCUAUCAGAUGAGGAAUUCAAUCAAGAAAAAUUCAGAAGAUGUGAUUGCGUGAUUCAGUAAAUUUUCAUCUAGAAAGAUAGAUGUAAACGUGCAAGAUCUGGUUAGCGCUCUGACACUGCCAUUCAAAGAAUUUGCCAAUCGACUGCAUAUUCAAGCGUUGAUUACAAGAGCCACGGGACGUGACGGACUUUUGUUUCUUCUAUUUGUUGUGUCCAUGUUUCCUUUGCCUGAUUCUUUCUUUACAGUUUUAUUGAACUUUGGCAAUCUAUGAAAAGCUAAAUUCAGCGUCUCCUUUCUCAACA